UAUAUUUUUUCACGUGAGAUCAAAAUUCAAAAGAAAUAUGACUUCAAAAAUCAAGGGAUCAAAUGAGUUGAGUUCCAUAGAUGAGGAACCAAAAGGGAUAAUACAAUAACUCCAAGCGGCGUUUGUAACUUACCAAAAUCACUGGGCGCCAUUUGCAAUUUACGGAAAACUUAAACCGGUUUGCCCUCUGAGACGAGAAGGAAGAAACAACGCCGGCUCCCACCGUGAGAUCGGAAUAGUAAGCAGUCUCGGGCCAGAUCAAGAAUCCUGAAAGAAAAACCCGGACCACUUCGACUUCAACGGUUCGACAGCGGACCGCUCGAUGCCGAGUUGUUCAUUCUUCUUCUCUUCACUUUUCAGGUCAGGAAAACCAAAAAGAGAGAAAGAAAAUUCAAGGAAUCCGCCGGUUUUCCAGUUGAAAUCUAGGAAAUUCGAUUUCUAAGUCAUGGCGGAUAGCUCUGGAGAAGUAAUUUUCGAAACACGGCAGCAUGCUUCUGGAAAUUACACUUCCAAUUACCCUCCGUCGCGUCAACAGUUGUCGAACGAUGGGGGUGGGAGGAGCUUUUUGUCGUACCUCACACCUCGAGGCAUCACUCAAAUUAAGGAGAGAUGGAAGGGGGGUAAGAAUCGCAAAAUUACGAGAUAUGCAGCAUUGUUCAUAUCUUCACAUGCAGAUCAUGUGGCUGUAUCUUCUAUGAAUCAGAUAACUUUCUUGCACAAAGACGACCAUUAUAAAGAACCACGGGGUUAUUUUACCAGUGGAAGCCCAGGUACAUUCACAUGUGGGACAUGGUCAGAAGUUCAUGAUGUACUUGCCCUUGUGGAUGACAAUAAUACAUUGUAUUUUAUCAAGGCUAAUGGUGAAGAAAUUACCAGAAUCAGUGGGCAGCAGUUGAAAGUUUCACUGCCGAUAUUAGGCUUGAUUUUUCGGCAAGAUACGGAUGCGAAAAAACCUUGCCUGUGCACCUUUAGCAUUCUUGCAUCAGAUGGUUUGCUCCACGAUAUAGAAAUCAGUCAGGAUCCAAGUGCCUCCUUUUCAGCCUCACAUCUUCCUCAUACUGGAGCUGUGCUGAAGAAGCAAAUUCCAAAGAAUUUUUCCUGUAUGGAUUACCAUCCGGAGCUUUCCAUUUUUGCUAUGGUUAACAGUGAUGGUAGAUUCCCCUCCACGGCUGAGCAUCCAGGAUCAUGUAGUCUCUCUCUUUGGCAAAGAAGUAGCUGCUCGAUUUUGGAACUGAUGGUAUCCAUUGAGUUUGAAGGAUCAUUUUCUGAAGAAAAAUGUGACGCAGGGAAGUUGACAUCUUCAAAAGUGCUAAUUUCACCACAGGGAACGUUUAUUGCUACUAUGGAUCUCACAGGCUGCUUGCUUACUUUUAAGUUUCAUAAAGAACCCUGCAACCUCGUGAAAUUCUUUGAUGGAAAAACACACAAAACAGAUUUGUCGAAUGAUGUUGUAGAUUUCACCUGGUGGUCAGAUGAUGUACUUGCUGUUGUGGAACGUAAAGGCACGUUCAUGCUAUUUGAUGUCCCUAGGGGUGUCAAACUGUUAGAGAAUCAUCCUGUUUACUCUAUGCCUAUCCUGGGAACAUCAAAAGAGUUGUUGAGAUGCAUUUUCCUUUUGGAGAGUACAUACUCUGAAAAAACCAGUAUAACAUUUGAGGGAAAAACAAUAAAUGACUUGUGUCUUAUUGAGCAGCUGGAUUUUGCUAAAAUGCGAUGGAGCUUGCUUUCAUUAUCAGAAAGAUCUGUUGCUGAAAUGUAUGAUCUACUAAUCAGUAAACAAGACUAUCAUGCUGCUUUUAGUUUUGCUGAUCGUCAUGGGCUGGAUAAAGACGAAGUGCUCAAGUCUCAGUGGGUAUCUUCUGGGCAAGGUGUCAAUGAGAUAAAAGAAUUGCUAUCAACUAUUAAAGACCAAACCUUUGUUGUGUCCCAGUGCAUAGAAUGUUUAGGACACACAGAAGAUGCAGCUAAGGCUCUACUUGUUCAUGGACUGCACUUAACAGAUACUUAUAAAUUUUCUGAAUCAGAAGAAGAUGCUAGCAGCCCUGUUUGGGACUUUCGUGUGGCUAGACUAAAAUUGUUACAAUUUAGAGACCGGCUAGAAACUUUUCUGGGGAUAAAUAUGGGAAGGUUUUCUGCCCAGGGGUACCACAAGUUCCGUUGUGCACCAAUCAAUAAAGCUGCUAUAGCCCUCGCAGAAAACGGAAAGAUUGGAGCUUUGAAUCUUCUUUUCAAACGUCAUCCAUAUUCUCUGAGUCCUUUCGUUCUGGAAAUCCUUGAUGCUAUUCCUGAGACACUUUCAGUUCAAUCUUACGCACACCUGCUUCCUGGGUGUUCUCCUCUGGCAAGUAUUGCUAUGAGGGAAGAGGAUUGGGUUGAAUGUGAUAAGAUGAUUUCAUUUACCAACAAAAUGUCCAAGGACGAUAGUAACAAAGAUCUUGUUAGGACUGAACUCAUUAUCAAGAAAUGCAUGGGAUUCCAGUGGCCAUCAGCUGAUUCUCUCUCUCUGUGGUACAAAAAUAGGGCUAAAAAUAUUGACAUGCUGAGUGGACAGCUAGAUAACUGCAUGCACUUAAUUGACUUUGCUUGUCGGAAAGGGAUAGACUUGCAGCAUUUCCUUGAAGAUAUCUCUUAUCUCCACCAGCUUAUUUAUUUUGAUGACAAUAUUGAAGAAAUGGAUAAUUCUCUUAGUUUAAGUGCCUGGGAGAAGUUACCUGAUUAUGAAAAGUUUAAAUUGAUGCUUGCGGGUGUAAGAGAUGAAAAUAUAAUUCAAAGACUGCAAAGAAAUGCUAUCCCUUUCAUGCGAAAGAGGAACUUUCAUGCAACCACAAUCUCUACAAAUGAGCUGACCACUGACUCAUUUCUGGUUCGAUGGUUGAAAGAGAUAUCUUCGGACAAUAAGCUGGAGUUAUGCCUGAUAACAAUUGAAGCAGGGUGCAAAGACAUGGACAAUGCUUACUUUUUCAGGGAUGAGACCGAAGUUGUGGGUUGUGCCCUAGAAUGUAUUUACUUGUGCUCCUCUACUGAUAGAUGGAGCACUAUGGCCUCCAUUUUGUCCAAACUUCCAACUUUACAAGGUCUUGGUAAUGAAAGCCUAAAGAUGCAACUGAAAGUUGCUGAAGGACACAUUGAAGCAGGAAGGCUUUUGGCACUUUACCAGGUGCCGAAGCCAAUAAACUUUUUCAGAGAAGCACACAACGAUGAGAAGGCUGUAAAACAGAUAAUCCGCCUUAUCCUCUCCAAAUUCAUUCGGAGACAACUUGGUCGUGGAGAUCAUGAGUGGGCAACUUUGUGGCAUGAUCUGCAAUCUUUGCAAGAAAAGGCAUUUCCCUUCCUUGAUUUGGAGUAUGUGCUGAUAGAGUUCUGCAGGGGAUUGCUCAAAGCAGGCAAAUUUUCUUUGGCAAGGAACUACCUGAAAGGUACAGGUUCAGUAGUUUUGGCAGCUGAUAAAGCUGAAAAUCUUGUCAUUUUAGCAGCCAGAGAAUAUUUCUACUCAGCAUCGAGUCUUGACAGCCCAGAAGUCUGGAAAGCCAAGGACUGUCUGAAUAUAUUGCCUAACAGCAGGUUGGUCAGGAUGGAGUCUGAUGUCAUUGAUGUUAUUACGGUGAAACUUCCAGAACUUGGAGUUAAAAUCCUGCCAUUACAGUAUAGACAAAUGAAAGAUCCACUGGAAAUAGUGAAGCUGGCAAUUACAAGUCAGGCUGGAGCUUAUCUCAAUGUUGAAGAACUUAUUGAAAUUGCUAAGCUUCUUGGGUUGACCUCACACGAAGAUAUGUCGGCUGUACAAGAAGCUAUUGCAAGGGAAGCAGCAGUUGCUGGGGAUCUGCAACUAGCUUCUGAUCUGUGCCUUGUGUUGGCUAAAAAGGGUCAUGGUUCUGUUUGGGACCUAUGCGCUGCACUUGCUAGGAGUCAAUUGGAAAACAUGGAUGCAAAUUCUCGUAAAUUUCUGUUGGGGUUUUCUUUGAGCCACUGUGAUGAAGAAUCUAUUAAUGACCUGCUAAAUGUGUGGAAAGAUCUGGACAUGCAAGGACAGUGUGAAAAUUUGAUAAUGGAGAGUGGUAUUGAGCCUCCUGAAUCCUCAAAUUUGGGUUACUUUACUUUAUCAUAUCCACUCUACGGUACACAAGGCUCAGCCGACUUUGGUACUUGGUCAGGAAAGGUUGGCGGUGUUGGACAUGAUUCGGAAAUGCAGCUUAAUGCUAUGAAAGAUAAACUCUCUUUAGUUGCCAAGUCCUUACCUGGGAACGACAGUAAUCAAUGGGAAUCUCUGCUCUUAGAGAAUGGGAAAAUUUUGUCCUUCACUGCAUUACGCCUUCCUUGGUUGCUGGAACUGGCAAGUAAAGCAAAAUCGGGUAAGAAAUACGGAAGUGUUAGAAUGCAAGCAGUAUUAACAAUUAUGUCCUGGUUGGUACGAAAUGGUUUUGCCCCCAAAGAUGAUCUGCUCGCCUCCCUUGCUAAAUCAAUCAUGGAAUCUCCUGUUACUGAAGAUGAAGACAUUUUAGGAUGCGCAUUUCUUUUAAAUUUUGUUGAUGCUUUUUCUGGCGUGGGUAUAAUUGAAGGAUUGGUUGAAGAAAGAGAAAAUUAUGAUGAAAUUGCUAGCAUUAUGAAUGUGGGCUUGAUUUAUGGUUUAUUACACAACCGCGGUGUUGAAUGUGAGGAUGCUGCUCAAAGGAGGAUGCUACUUUUUGGAGAAUUCCAACAGAAACACAAAUCCAUGGCUCUAGAUGAAAGAGAUGAAUUAAACAGGACUCAAACUGCGUUUUGGAGAGAAUGGAAAAUGAAAUUAGAGCAGCACAAGCGUGUAGCAGACCAGUCAAGGGCUUUGGAACAAAUAAUUCCAGGUGUUGAAACUGCUCGAUUUUUGUCUGGGGAUACUGAGUACAUAGAGAGUGUUCUUUUCUCCCUUGUUGAAUCUGUAAAACUUGAGAAGAAACACAUACUGCCUGAUGUUCUAAAAUUAGCUGAUACAUACAAUGUGGAUCGCAGUAAGGUGCUGCUAAGCUUUAUGAGUGCAGUCUUUACAUCUGACAUUUGGGCAGUUGAUGAUAUCAUCAUGGUUCUUUCAGAAUUUAAAAACGAACUCGUUUCUUUAGCUGACGAUCUCAUAAAAGUCAUUAGUCUGUCUGUCUACCCGAUGAUCGACGGACACGAUAAGCAUCGGCUUGCUUAUAUGUAUGAUCUGCUCUCUGAGUGCUACCUGAAGUUAGAGAUGAGAGAUAUGGACACAAGGACUAAGUUAUCUCAUUCGAGCAAGAUUUUUGGACAGGAAUGCAUUAGGGUGUCCUUUAUUCGUGGUCUCAACUUCAAAAGAAUUGCUGGAUUGCAAGAUCUGAACUGGGGUUGCUUUAAUGAUGAAGUCUCUUCCCACAUCACCGAGGACACUGUGGAAGCAUUGGCGAAUAUGGUCCGAAAUCUUAGGGGCAUCUAUGGUGAUACAGUGCCUCAAGAUCUGUUAACGUGGCAGUAUGUUUAUUAUUGCCAUGUAUUGAACUUGUUGGCAACUUUAAAACCAAAGUUUGAUUCGGAGGUAAGCAGUCCAUUCCUUGAAGAUCUUCAGUGCCUUGUAACUGAGCUCGAGCUAACCUAUGAUGUUUGUCGUAAGUACCUGAAAUUCAUUGAGUAUACAGAUACAUUGGAAAUCAUGAAGCAAUUCUUUUCAGUGACAGCACAGUUUGAUAAACCUUCAAAUAAACUUGUGGACUCAAUGUGGCUAGAAUGUCUGAUCAAACUACUGAACGUCUGGCUUAAAUUGAUGAGGGACAUGGAGGAACUCAAAUCUCUUCAAGGUUUGGAUAAAAGUUUGUGUUCGGAGUGUUUAAUGACAAGCGUGGAAGUUUUUCUCAACUUGAUCGUAAAGGGGGAAGUAUCUCAAGUUGAAGGAUGGGGCACUGUUAUCGGUUUCACUAUCUCAGGCCUUACAGGUGAUCCUAUUGCUGAAGUCUCCGAAUUUUGUGGAGCAAUGAUUUUAGCUGGAUGCCAGUUUUCAGCUGUUGCCAAUGUAUUCACUGAUGCAAUGUGUCAUCUCUCACCUGGAACGUCUUCUGAUGUCGAGGAUCUUUCAAAUCUGUAUUUGACUGUACUAGGUAAAAUUUUGUCGGAUCUGGAGAGAGGGUCUCUCGACCAAGAGCAUUUACGUUGUUUCUUCUUGUCUUUGCAUAAAUAUGAGGGGAAUUUGGAGGAUUUGACUCAUGUCAGGCUUGCAGUUUGGAGUAAGUUAUCCAAGUUUUCUGAUGACUUGCAACUGCCUAGCCAUGUCCGUGUAUAUAUUCUUGAGCUUAUGCAGCGUAUCACCACUACAGGUAAACUAGUGAAAGGGUUAUGUGAUGAGCGAAAAGAUAAUGUCCCUCCUUGGGAAGGUUGGGAAAAUGUGCAGAUUACAUCUGCGAACCACGAUGAAAUGAGAGGUGAUGAUGACCUUGCUGAUAGAGCUAACAGGUUGUCAGGUACUUUGGUUGCCCUUAGAUCAUCUCAACAAUUGUCAGCUAUCUCACCAGUACUUGGAAUUGCGCCCGAAGAUCUUUCCUCUGUUGAAUCAGCUGUUGCUUGCUUCCUUAAAAUAUCUGAGGCUGUCCAGUCAGAAUCUCAUAUGGAUUCGUUGAUAGCAAUGUUGAUUGAGUGGGAGGAUCUUUUCCCAAGUGAAAGAAAAGAUUCAGAUUCUCCCAAAGUCGAUGAUGGAGGUGCAAGCAGUUGGAGCAAUGACGAGUGGGACGAAGGAUGGGAGGAAAGCUUUGUAGAAGAGGAGCCGAGCAAAAAGGAGGGGGACAAUGAUCUCAUUUGUUCCCUGCAUCCUUUGCAUUCAUGUUGGAUGGAUAUUUUCAGAAAAUUAGCACGAUUCUCCAAGUAUCUGGGCAUCCUCAAACUAAUUGACAAAUACAAAGGGCAGAGCAUCACUUUGCUUGAUGAAGAUGACACACAAAAUCUAAUAGAAAUGCUGCUCGAGCUGGACCACUUUGCAGCUCUUAAAACGGCAUUAUUACUUCCAUAUGAAGCCCAGCAAGUGCAGUGUUUGGAAGCUGUGGAGCAAAAGUUGAGGCAAGAACAAUUCUCGGAUGAGGUCGGCAGGAACACUGAGCUCCUGUUUCUUCUACUAGCUUCCGGAAUCAUCUCAACUGUCAUUGAGAAAUCAUCAUUGUAUGGCACCACUUUCUCGUACAUCUGCUAUGUGAUUGGAAGUCUCUCUCGCCUUUGCCAGGAGGUGAAGUUAUCGACCCUCCAGCGUGCGACAACCACCACUGGCGACGAAGUGACACUUGUUUUUAACAGACUCGUUUUCCCGUGUUUUGUAGCAGAGCUUUUGAAGUGUAGACAGCAUAUUCUGGCAGGGUUUCUUGUAACAAAGUUGAUGCACACUAACGCUUCUCUCAGUUUGGUGAAUGUUGCAGGAUCUUGUCUUGAAAGUUACCUCCAAAAGCAGCUCCAGUUAUCAGAAGACAAUGAUUCCAUUUCAUGGGAGGACUUGAAUUUGCCAAAUAGCAUUUCCAUUUUGAGAGGCAAAAUGAAAAGCUUGAUUCAGUCUGCUUUAUCAUUACUUCUUACAGAGGGCAGAUAACUUUUAAUCAGUGAAAUUAUUUUCUUUUUCUUUUUUACCUAGUAUAGUUUACGAAAAAAUCAACAAUAAGGAAAAUCUAUAACUUGUAAUGAUGAUAGAGAGUAGUUUCGUCUUUAAUUACUGCAUUAAUUGUAUGUAGUUAAAAAAAAUUAUUAGUAUUAGUUUAAUCGAUGUGUAUUUUCUCCUUUUUUUUCUUUUUUUUUUUUGUGUUUUGGCGUGCCUGCGUUACUACAAGAUAUUAGCUCUCUGCUGGUUAGCAUUUCUGCCCCAUUGUACUUGUGUUUUGGCAAAAGAUCCUCUGCACUUUUGUGUAUGUGCAUGCGUGCCUAUGAGAUCUUAGUUAUGUAGAACAUUCGUGAAAUUUUUUUGGUGUACAUUAUUUGGUCA